AUGUCGGUCCUGUUCACGAGUAUUUCGGAGAACAAUCCAGUGAAGCCAGGCGAUGUUCAGGAACUCAUUCAGCCCUUGGGACUUUCUAUCGAUCCCUCCGAGGCAGACGAUUUUGCCACUCUCCUAGCAGCUGUGCAUGAUUGUGCCGAGAGCGUCGCUGCUUUGCCGGAUUAUCAGCCCGUUCCUGAUCAAGUCAAAUAUCCUCGCGAAAAUGUGCGGCGACCAACGAAAGACGAGCAGGUGCUAGGCCAGGCAUGGGCACAUCGGUUCUUGAUACGUGGCAAUCCCGAAGGCGGCAAAUUGACAGGAAAAUCCGUUAGUUUGAAAGAUGUUAUUGCAGUGGCCGGAGUUCCUCAGCUGCUGGGCAGCGAUAUUAUUCCUUCCUGGACUCCGACCAUUGACGCGACAGUCGUGACAAGACUGUUGGAAGCUGGCGCUGACAUUCACGGAACGUCGACUUGUGAGAAUCAUUGCCAUUCAACCUCAUCAUAUACCAGUGCGCAAGGGACAGUGGAGAACCCACAUGCUACUGGUUACUCAGCAGGAGGAAGCACCUCCGGAGGAGCAGCUUUGGUGGCCGCUGGUCUCGUAGAUAUCACAAUUGGAGGCGACCAGGGUGGCAGUAUCCGAGUUCCCGCCUCGUUUUGUGGAUGUGUUGGUUUGAAACCGACUUACGGGAGGGUUCCUUUUACGGGCAUUUCCAGUGGAGAUGCCAUGAACGACCAUGCAGGCCCACUCGCCCGAAGUACCCUUGAAGUUGCAGCGUGUCUGGAUGUCAUCAGUGGAUACGAUGGCAUUGAUGACAAGGCACUCGCAAGUUCGCAGCCCGGCUCUACAGAUUUCGCAGAGGUCCUGAAAGCGAGCCCCCAACGAUUGGACGGUCUCAAAAUCGGUAUUUUAAGAGAAGGAUUCGAACACGAUACUGUGAGCUCCAGUGUCAAGCACUCAGUCUUGAAUGCAGCCCAUAAGUUCGAAGAACUUGGUGCAAGCGUAGAAGAAGUAUCUCUACCAGAGCACCUUUACGGACCAGCAAUCUGGACCAUUCAGCAACGAAUUGCCGGAGCCCAGACUCUACUGGGACAAAACACCGGCCGGAGAGGUUUAUAUAUGACCGAAGCGGAGCAAGCAAGACUGCCAUGGACAGACGAAGGGUUCCAGCGCGCAUUCCCAUCCACGAAGAACGUCAUAAUCAACGGCCUAUAUCUCAUGUCUCAUUUCCCAGGCCUCUAUGGCAAGACUGUCAACAUCGGACGUCAGCUUUGCGAUAAAUACCAGGCCUUUUUCGAGAAAUAUGAUGUGUUGGUUAUGCCCACAACUCCUGUUGUUGCACCCAAACACGGGAAGCGAGGUCUUCCGCUAGAGUCUCUCAAGCCCAGUAUGGGGCUUACUAUAAAUACUGCUAUCUUCGAUGUCACAGGUCAUCCGGCGCUUUCAAUUCCCAUCGGCUUUGCUCCGGCUCAGGAGAAUGAUCAAGUCAUGCUACCCGUUGGUAUGCAGAUUGUUGGAGGACUGUGGCAAGAGGAAAAAGUCUUGCGUGCUGGACAUGCUUGGGAGUCUUCUUUUGACUGGAAGAAGAUGCAAUUUAGCACAGUUCAAAACUAG